UGCCUGUUUCGCUCAGGAAGGGGCUGCUUUGGGGAAGCUGUGCUGACCUCCCGAGGAGCCCGUUUACACUCUCCUCCCUCGAAUGAACAUCUCUGAAGGAGCUGGCACACAGCCCUGCUCCCCGACAGCAAACUGACCAUCUCGGGGCAGGCCCCCAGCUCACUUUGGCUGGAGGGGAGAGAGAAACAGGCAGAACUUCGCAGGACACCAUUGGAACAGGCUUCGCAAACUCAUUCGAUCCUCUCCAACAUCUCCCGGUGGCACUGCAUUCCCAACCUAACACAGAAAGUACAGGGAAUGUUGUAGAUAAAGGACCAGGAGUUGCUUUGACUGACAACAUGAGCACCAAAGGCAGGCAGAAGACAGAUGCUGGAGGUGGAACCCCAUCGAGACAGAUGGCUACAAUGUGCUCACCAUCGAGUCCAGAAAGUUACAGCAUCGCUCCCCUCACCCCAUCCCACUCUCCGAGAUCCUUCGGCAACGCGCCACAGUAUCAGCCAUUCAGCGCGGUAGUGGCCAUCGACUUCGGGACGACAGCAAGUGGCUAUGCGUUCAGUCUGGUACAGGACCCUGAGACCAUCCACAUGAUGAGGCGAUGGGAAGGUGGUGACCCUGGCGUGGCCAACCAGAAAACCCCCACCAGUUUGCUCCUCACUCCUGAUGGCAGUUUCCACAGCCUGGGUUAUACAGCCCGGGAUCAUUACCAUGACCUGGACCCAGAUGAAGCCAAGGACUGGCUAUACUUUGAGAAGUUUAAGAUGAAGAUUCACAGUACCUGCGACCUCACCCUGGAGACGGAGCUGGAGGCUGUAAAUGGGAAGAGAGUCAAAGCCCUGGAGGUGUUUGCUCAUGCACUGAGAUACUUCAGGAAGCACGCUCUCAAGGAGCUGAAUGACCAGUUCUCGGUGGGCUCGGACACAGAUGAUGUGCGCUGGGUAAUCACUGUCCCAGCUCUCUGGAAACAACCCGCGAAACAGUUCAUGAGGGAAGCAGCUUAUCUGGCUGGCCUAGCCUCUCCCGAAUACCCUGAGCAGCUGCUGAUCGCACUGGAACCUGAAGCAGCAUCGAUUUACUGCCGGAAGCUCCGACUGCACCAGCUCAUUGAGCUCAGCAACAGAGGCACCGCCAAUGGGUAUGGCCCGGACACUUCCAUCGGCUCCAGCUUCAGGCAAGCCCGGGAGCAGCUGCGCCGUUCCCGACACAGUCGGACAUUUCUGAUGGAGAGCGGAGUUGGAGACCUAUGGGCAGAGAUGGAGACAGGUGACCGGUAUAUUGUGGCAGACUGUGGGGGUGGGACUGUGGAUCUCACUGUUCACCAAAUCGAACAGCCGCAGGGAACCCUGAAGGAACUCUACAAAGCAUCAGGUGGACCUUACGGAGCAGUUGGAGUGGACCUGGCCUUUGAGAAGUUGCUGUGCCAGAUCUUUGGCUCUGAUUACAUCGAGCACUUCAAGAUAAAACGCCCGGCAGCCUGGGUAGAUCUGAUGAUAGCCUUCGAGGCACGAAAACGGACUGCUUCCCCCAAGAGACUGAACCCUCUCAAUAUCUCCCUACCGUUCUCCUUCAUCGAUUACUACCGGAAGUACAAAGGACGGAGUGUGGAGACAGCGCUGAAAAAGAGCAGCACCCACCUCGUCAAGUGGUCCUCCCAGGGGAUGCUGCAGAUGACUCCACAGGCCAUCGCUGAGCUCUUCCAGCCCACAGUCAGACAGGUGGUGGAUCACAUCGAGACCCUGAUGAAGAAGCCCGAAGUGCGUGGGGUGAAGUUCCUGUUUUUAGUGGGUGGGUUUGCCGAGUCUCCCGUUCUGCAGCUCGCCGUCCAGCGGGCUUUCAGCCCCUGCUGCCGGGUCAUUGUCCCCCAGGACGUGGGCCUCACCAUUCUCAAAGGAGCCGUGCUCUUUGGCCUGGACCCUACCAUCAUCAGGGUCAGGCGUUCACCCCUGACCUACGGGGUCGGUGUCCUCAACAAGUUUGUGGAGGGGAAGCACGCGAAGGAGAAGCUGCUGGUCAAGGAUGGCACGCGGUGGUGUACAGACAUCUUUGACCGGUUUGUGUCGGUGGACCAGUCGGUAUCGCUCGGCGAGGUGGUACAGCGCAGCUAUGCUCCUGCCCGACCCGGGCAGCGCAAGAUCAUCAUUAACAUUUACUGCAGCAGUGAAGACAAUAUCCAUUACAUCACCGACCCCGAGGUCCGCAGGUGCGGCACGGUCAGCCUGGAGCUGCUGGAGACAGACAGCGCCGGCUCCAGGAGACAGAGACGCGAGAUCCGCACCAACAUGCAGUUCGGAGAUACCGAGAUCCGAGUCACUGCCCUGGACGUCGCCACUUCACAAUCUGUGAGGGCUUCCAUCGAUUUCCUGUCGAACUAACCAGGC